UGAAAGUGUCAAAGGAUUGGUUAGCUGUUGAUUAUAUAAUGUGCCUUUUAGAUAUUAAAAUCGUACAAAAUUUCAUCGAAAUUACAGUUUUAUUCUCUCAUGGUGUGCUGUGACGGAUAUUGUGAUUUUGAUUACAGAGUGUGAUUUCGUUAGAUCCAAAGGAUAUUAAGAAUAAAAGUACGAGGGAUUACAUCGUAUUUUUUUAAUUAUAGACUAAGAUUUUGUUACAUCUAAGGGAUAUUGAGAGUAUAUAAACAACAGCACGAGGGUUUGCAUCGUGCUUUAUAAGUAUUAAGUAUAUGUAAACAAAAGUGGGAAUCACAUUCUACAUUCUGAUCACAGACCACCAUUUCGUUCGUUCUAAAGACAUAUUGUAUCUUAAUAUCAGCUUAUUAUCGUUAAAAAUUGAAUCCAUGCAGACACGACCAGGAUGGUGAGAGCGAUGUUGAUGCUGAUACAUGAGUGAUAAAGAGAAGAUUAUCAAUAUGAAAGGACCAAUACACCUAGUUGUAUUGGGAAAGGAAGGUGUUGGUAAAACAGCACUUGUAGUGAGAUUUUUAACUAAAAGAUAUUUAAGUGAAUAUGCCCAAACAGAAGAGGCGAUAUAUGAAAGAAGUUUGUCUGUGGAUGAAAGGAAUACAGCUUUAAGAAUCACAGAUAUAAGUGGAAAGGAUGUAGAGAGAAAGGCAGCUAACAAAGAAAUAUUAAAUAAAGUUGAUGGUGUGAUAGUUGUAUAUUCUAUAAUAGAUAGACAUAGUUUUGAUGUAGCAAAAAAUAUCAUACAUUGGUUACAGCGAGAGCGUCGACCAGCCCCUGCCAUUCCAGUUUUACUACUUGGUAACAAAUGUGACUUGGGACACAGACGGGUGGUGGAAAGUCCUGGUUUAGACAGUCCUGAUUGGCAGGAAUCUGACUCCUUUCUUCGAUUUGAAUGUUCUGCUUGUGAUGACGUAGAUGGUGUUGAUGACGUGUUUACAAAAUUCAUAAGAAAAAUACAGGAAAAGAGAGACCCUUCUAGCAAACCACAGAGAAAAGUUAAUCACUCGUCCGGACUCGGAUCGCCGACGCAACUUCGUGCUGCCAUCAGACGGCGUUUCAGUGUUUUUAAUCGUGAUCGAACAACAUUAUGAAAUCAUGUGACCAAACGUGAAUGCUAGGCCGUAUUCUAAUAGCCCCCAUGUCUACGUUUUAUUUAAAUACAGAAAUUAAACUGUUUUCGUGUAUGGGUUCCUCAUUGAUAGCUUAUGGAUGAAAUUAUUUAAAAUAGAUGUGUCUGUAUGAACAGUUUAUUGGAAUACAUUAUACGAGAAAGAAAUUUGAUUAUAUACUGUUGAACGGUCUUGUAAUGUUGAUAUUCUAUAUAAACUGUCACCGAAAAACAGGCUGUCAUACAGAUAUAAUGAAAUUAUUUAAACUGUGAAAAUUUCCAAUCUGCCAACUUACAGCGAACACUAUAAAGUUGUUUUUACUUCAGAUAAAAGUCGUUUCAUUAUGAUAAGAAAUCAGGAGUUAUUUCCCAUAAAACUAUAUUCAUUAGACUAAGUAAACAGAGAGAGAGAGAGAAAGAGAGAGAGAGAGAAAGAGAGAGAGAGAGAGAGAGUACAUAAACUAUGUUAUUUCGGAAGUAAUAUUUGGUACAGUUUUAUUUCAAUAAUUCGCAUGCGUGCAUGGAUUUUUCUUUAGCUUUGAAACAAAAUUGGACGACCCGGAGAAAAUCCACGUCAGACCAUACCAGUCACCUACUCGGCCAUGUCUAUUAAGGUGUUUCAUUAGUAUUUGUUUAUGUGUGUUUUUGGUCAACGCCAUCUAUGGGAGAAGACUGUCUGCGACGUCAUCAAAAAUAUAAAACCUGGACUACAAAACAAAUCAAAUAAUAUAUAAAAAGAUAAUUAUUUCUUUGUAGUUUUUGAUGAAAUAAUUUUAUAUAUUAUUGAUGUAAAUAUGUAAUUAUUAUGUUGCAUUUAAUAUAUAUUUAUAGUAACGCCAUGACGUUACGUCUAUUGUUCUACGUAAUCUUUCAUAAAUAAAAAUGGCUGUGUUCGA